AUGAGCACCCAUUCAGAGGUGCCCCGAGGGGAGUCAUGGGCUUCAAUCCCCACGGAUAUGAUCCUCGCUGAGCUGAGGCGUCGCAAGGACGAUGGAGAGAAACCAGAGUGCGGUUCUAGGUCAAAGGGAUCCUAUGACACUUCGGCGCAUGUGUUCGCAUUGAUCCUUAUCUUGGUGCUCAGCACGUUGGCAUGCGGUUUUCCUCUAAUGUCGAAACGAACGAUGCGCGGUCGACGACAAAAAUCUAUUAUAUUCUACUGCCAGCACAUUGGAACCGGCGUCCUCCUAGCUACGGCUUUCGUCCACCUUCUCCCCACCGCGUUCGAGUCCAUGACCGAUCCAUGUCUCCCUGACUUCUUCAGUAAAGGCUAUACACCACUCCCCGGCCUCGUGGCCAUGACAUCUGCUAUUGUUGUCGUUGCGAUCGAAUCGUACCUUACGGCCCGCGGAGCUGGUCACUCCCACUCUCACAACCAUGGCUACUUUGACUCCGAUGACGAACACGAGAGCGAGUUGCCUAUGAUGGAUACAGGCGGUAUGUCUGAGAGGAGAGGAUCGCGUCCGCCAGAUAUUCAUCUUGAGCCCAUGGAGAACCAGGGGUUAGUUGCCGGCAUCUCACCCUUGCCAGGAUCAUCGCCUGGACAAGAAGCGAAAAAGCUUAAUGAUGAGUUCAACGACGAGGACUCAGAUCUCGACCUAGAUAUGGAUGAGCUUGAUCCUUCUGGACCGAGUAGCAUGAGACAUCGAAAUGGAACCUACGACUCCCUUAAACCCGAGGGAGCCGAUGAAGAGCCUUUGACACCCAUGACACCUAUGUCUCCAGGACCACAAUCUCCCGAAGAGCGAGAGCGCAAGAUGCUUCAAUGUAUACUCCUUGAAGCAGGAAUUCUUUUCCACAGUGUCUUCAUCGGCAUGGCCAUCUCCGUCGCCACCGGUCCAGCCUUCGUGGUAUUCUUGGUUGCCAUCAGCUUCCACCAGACAUUCGAAGGCCUCGCCCUGGGCAGCCGCAUCGCCGCGAUCCAAUUCCCCCGCAAAUCUCUCCGUCCAUGGCUCAUGGUUCUAGCCUACGGCACCACCACACCGAUCGGCCAAGCAAUCGGCCUCAUUGUGCACCGCAUGUACGACCCCAAGAGCGCCGGAGGUCUUCUCGUGGUUGGCUUCAUGAAUGCUGUGUCAUCGGGGCUACUGUUGUAUGCUGGUCUUGUACAACUACUAGCGGAGGACUUCCUGACGGAGAAGAGCUACAAGAUAUUGAAGGGUACCAAGAGGCUGCAGGCUUUCGUGGCUAUGUGUGGUGGCGCGAUCUUGAUGGCUGCCGUUGGAGCUUUUGCUUAA